AGACAAACUAGAAUGAUGUGAAAUAAUCAGUAAAUUAAAUCUUGAAUAGUCCUUCCUGUGCUGUUUCCCCCCCUCUCCAAACGCUUAAUCUUGUUUAAGAGAGAAUGGACACUUGUUGUCCCUCACUGUGCCUCCACUGUAACGAAGUGGGACAACAGGACUGCGGGUCAGAUUAAUUGUUGCACCUGAGUCCGGCAGGUACAGUAGGUGCGGCUCAUUACAAAGUUGCCUUGUGAUUGUGCUCAGUGUCGCGUGAAAACAGCGAGUUACUGAAAGAGACGAACUUAGCGAGUCCAAAGAAAACUUUAGCGACAGCUGGACAGCUUCUGCGUGCUUCAGCUUGAGUGUCCGAAUGUUCAUUUAAAGUGAAAAUAAUCCCUUUAAUUGAACGGGUUGUCACCCACCUGCAGCAGCGUGAGAUGCCCGUGAACGCCGGGCAUGUGGGUUAUGGCAGUGUGCCGUCGGGGGCCUCAGAGACAUGCCCUCUGCUCACUCCGGAGCCCGACUCUCUGUGGAGGCCCAUGACGAGAGAGGAGCUGGAGGCAGCUAACGGGCCUGGAUGGAGGAAAGUGCGCUGUUACCUGGUGCUGCUGUUCUGGCUCGCCUGGGUCACCAUACUUGCCACUUCUGUCGCCAUCAUAAUAAAGAGCCCCCGGCCGGUUGCGACGCCCUUGAAAUGGUGGCAGAAGUCUCUGUUCUAUCAGCUGCAGGCCGACAAGUGGACGGAGGCGCAGACCGAGGGUCCAGAGGGCAUGUGCGCAAUGGACGAGCAGCUUCCCUACCUCAAGUCUUUGGGUAUAGGGGCUCUAAUCCUGAAGGGUGUGUUUGAUGUUGAGGUCUUUCCUUUAAACCUCACUGCCGCUGAUAAAAACUUUGCUCCACUGGCUUGGAUGCAACAUCUGCUCAGUGAGAGCCACAAAGCAGAUCUCAAAAUUGUUCUUGACUUGUGUAAACUGGAUCUGUUGGCACCUCAGGGUAUAACUGGAAACCUCUCAGCUACCACACAGCGUGCACUCCACUUCUGGUUGGAGAAUGGUGUGGCAGGUUUUGUUAUCUGUGACACUGAUGCAGCAUAUUCAGAAAAGACUCUGCUGGAGUGGAGACGUGUCUUUGGGGAAUUCAGCAGUCCGGAGGAGGAAAGGAUUGUGGUGGUAAAACAGACGUCAGAUGUUCUGCGUCCACUAAAUGGUUCCCGUCAGGUCAACGUAACACUGGUGGAUGUGGUCAUGAGGUCCAUUCUCCCUCAUUCACAUCACCCACUGUUUGCACAGGAAGUGGCUGAUGCUGUAGAGAGAUGCCUACAAACAAGAGGAGAUGACAUAUGGCCCAGCUGGACAGUUGGAGGCAACCCAUCUCAGGAACUGAAGAAGUUACUCCUGGUGUUGAUGAUGACUCUGCCGGGAUCACCAGCAAUCCAUUAUGAUAAAGACAUGGAGAAAACAAAGGACAAGAGCAAAAUGAACCGUGCAGCUCUUCAGCUCUUCUCCUCCCUCAGCUUCUCCAAAGCCAGAGAAGAAGCUCUUCAGUAUGGCAGUUUCACCUUCCUCCCUUUCAACACCUCGUCAUCCUCCAACUCCUCUCUUUCCUCUCCUUUAUCUCCCCCAAUUCUUGCCUUUCUGCGCUCCUGGGGUUGUGUCCACUUCCUUGUUCUGCUCAACUUUGGGUUUCAGCCUCAAAGCCUGGAUCCUGCCUGGGCCUCGAGCUUGCCUGAAGCCGGGCUGUUUGUAGCCAGCACAGGGAUGGAUCGUUUUGUGUCCACAUCUCUCUACAGUCUCAGACUGCGGCCCUAUGAAGCCAUCGUAAUCAAACUUUUGGAGGCACAAAACUAUUCAUAGCGUUUCUGUGGUAGGAUUUCAGUUUAUCUCAAACCACAGUGAUGCAGCUGUUUUUAAAAAAAAAUUCUCAUCUGUGCACAGACGUCACUGAAAAUAAAGUCACUGUUUUGUGUUGCAACAUUUGAGUGGUUCCCCUUUAACCAGUGGGAUCUGUAAUAUAUCUAUAAUAUAGCAUGACUGUAUGAACUGAGAUAACAAGUAAAUCUUGACUUCACAUCACAAAAUUUUAAGUGUUUAAAGAGUUAAAAUGAUAAAUUCACACUGAGUCUAUAUAACAAAUUAUAAGUGUGUUUGUAUCAGAAGUGAAAUAAUCCUUUUUACAACUGUGAACAAAUUUGACAGUUUCCCGAGUGUUCUCAUUGUAACCAAAGCGUUCUCUUGUAUUUUGAGUACUUGGCCAUUUUUACUGAAUUUUUGAAACGGUCAUUUACGCUAAGUAUGUCCUAACAAAAUGAUACAAUGAAUGCUGAACAGCCUAAUCAAGCCUGCCAAUCAAAGAACAGAAUGAACGGGACUUGCAACAUAACCCUUUCUGUCACACUCGAUUAGUGGUGAAGUGUGGCUGCCUGAGAAAACACUUGGUAAUACAGUCUCUCCAGCUUUGGAUGUUUACACUAAGUAACCACAAGGUGAAGCUGCAGAACAAGUAACUGUCCAGCUGCUCCCCCAACUCUUAAAGUUUGACAGUAAAAAAUCAUCAACUGCAAAUAAAGAGUUUCUAAAAACAGCAAACCGGUAUUGGUACAUGGUGUUUACAAAAUCAGCUGCCAUCG